AUGAAUUCCAUUCGUCAGGUACAGGACCUCAAUAAGCGUGAGCUUGAGCAUGCUAUACCACCAGAGGCCUCAUGGCAUGCGGACUACCGCGACACCGCAUAUAUCUACAUUGGCGGACUUCCGUUCGAUCUUUCGGAGGGUGAUAUCGUGACUAUUUUCUCUCAAUAUGGAGAGCCUGUGCAUGUCAACCUAGUCCGCGACAAGGAAACGGGCAAGAGCAAAGGUUUCGCAUUUCUCAAGUAUGAAGACCAGCGCAGUACCGACCUCGCGGUGGACAAUCUUGGCGGCGCAACAGUCCUAGGUCGCAUGCUUCGUGUAGACCAUACCCGAUACAAGCGACGUGAUGACGAAGAGGAGGGGAAUAAUGUCGCAAGGUUGAUGGGUGACGCUGAGAUCACAGAAACCAAGGGAGAGAAGAGCGAUCGACACAGUCGACGGAGAAGGGACAGCGGCGCAGAUCGCGAAGAGAGUCGACCCAUGUUGAAGGAAGAGAAAGAGCUACAGACACUGAUCCAGAAUCAUGAUGACGAGGACCCAAUGAAGGAGUUCUUGAUCGAAGAAAAGAAAGAAGAGGUUGCCCUUGCUGUUGAAAGAUAUAAGAGCAGCGAAAAGAAGACAUCUCGCCGGCGAGAUGACAGCAGAGACAGAUCUAGCCGACAUAUUCGUCGCCAUCGAUCUCGUGAACGCGAACGCGAACGCAGACAUAGAGAUGAUCGCUCACCGGCUCGAGAAAAGACAUCGCGACGUCGCUCAACCGACAGAGAGGAAAGAUCUGGAAGAGAUCGGAUGCCAAAGCGAUCACGCUCACCCGAAUCACGGAGACAUCGGCAUGAACGAAGUAAUCGAGAUCGUGACGAUCGCCGUCGUUGA